AUGGCGACAGCUAAUGGUUCACUGUGCAACAUUUCCGGGUACGUGUCCAAGAAUGGGAGCAUGGUCGGCUGCAUGGAGUCGGAUAUUGAUCAGGCAACGGUUGAAUCGAUUCAGGCGUGGAUCGCUUACCUGCUGAUUCCUCUCAACAUGAUCAGCAUACUUGCUAAUCUUCUCGUCAUCUUGGCUGUGACACGGACAUCACACCUGCAGGAGCCAGCACACAAGCUGAUCGCGAAUUUGGCUGUUGCUGAUUUUCUCAUGGGCGUGCAAGGAAUCUUCGUAGAAUCAACGACCUUUCUAAUCGAAUUCCCGCCAAAGAUCAUAUGCCUUGGACACGUCAGUUUGGUUACGCUCUGGGCCCUUGCAUCAACAAACUCUCUCAUUGUCAUCAACAUAGACAGGUUCAUUGCAAUAUCGCGACCGCUACACUACUACCAGAUCGUCACACCGCGCGUUAUCUUAGUAAUGGUAGUCCUCGCUUGGAGCUUUGCCUUCUUCGCAAGCGUGAUGACUCUCAUUGGCAACCGCUGGCAGCCGGAUCAACCAUGCAUGUAUGACACCGUCACGAGUAGAACAUCUCUCAUCUGUAGCUCGCUAGUCAUUGGUACGUGUGGCGUCGCCAUCAUCUCCAUCUACGCUUACAUGAUGAUGAUUGCCAAGCCCCACCAACAGCAGAUCCAGCAGGAACCGAGCAGCAGCGGUUCGCAGGAGGCAGUAGCGACCGGAAAAUCCUUCUCUGUUGAGCUCGCCAAGCAUCUGAAGCUUGCCAAGACGUUUGGUAUCGUCGUCGGCGCUGUCUUCGUUUGCUGGGUUCCGUAUAUCAUCAUGAUGCUGCUGAGCAUUGCCGACGUCUACCACGACACGGUCGGCGUGGCGCGAGGCCUCGGAUACUUGCUGGCGUACUCAAACUCUUGCAUGAACUUCUUCAUAUAUGCUGCGAAGAGCAGUCAGUUCCGCGUCGUCUUCCGGGCGGUGUUGUCUUCGCGUGGACACUAG